CUUGUUAAAUAUGCGACAUCCAAAUACGAUAUCUUAUGUGAAUUACUUGAAUGAUCGUCAUACCAUAUACAGUUGUAUCCACUGUAAUACAAACUUAAUCUAUCAAGAUGAUAUUAUCUCCAAAGGUUUCCAGGGUCAGACAGGUCCAGCUUUUCUAGUAUAUAAAGUGAAUAAUAUCAAAAUAGGAGUCAAAGAAAAAAGAAUGUUAUUAACAGGAAUGCAUACUAUUGCUGAAAUUUCAUGUAUACUCUGUCAUCAUAAAUUGGGUUGGAAAUAUAUUCAUGCCGUCGAAUCAAGUCAAAAAUUCAAAGAGAAUAAAUAUAUUUUAGAA